UAGACACUAAACAUUCCUCAUUUUAUUAAAAAAAAAAUGGCGACACUAGCAGCUUCCUCUUGCCUCCUCUCAUGUCUCCUUGUUUUGUUCUUGAGUUCAGUUUCAGCAGUCACAGAUGAUGAUAAACAGGUGUAUAUUGUCUACAUGGGCUCACUUUCGUCUCGAGCGGACUACACACCAACGUCCGAUCACAUGAGUAUUCUUCAAGAGGCCACCGGAGAAAGUUCGAUCGAAGGUCGUUUGGUGAGAAGUUACAAGAGGAGUUUCAACGGUUUUGCGGCCAGGCUCAGUGAGUCGGAACGAGAAAAAGUUGCCAAAAUGGUGGGAGUUGUUUCUGUAUUCCCAAAUAAGAAGUUACAACUUCAAACGACGACGUCUUGGGACUUCAUGGGGUUAAAGGAAGGAAAGAGGACAAAGAGGAACCCUACCGUGGAAAGUGAUACAAUUAUUGGAGUUAUCGACAGUGGGAUCACGCCGGAAUCUCAGAGCUUUGCCGACAAAGGCUUUGGUCCUCCUCCUAAGAAAUGGAAAGGUGUUUGUUCCGGUGGCGAAAAUUUCACAUGCAACAACAAGUUGAUUGGGGCAAGAGACUACACAAGCGAAGGUUCUAGGGACACGGAAGGCCACGCCAGUACCACUAACCGUGGGUUUGUCACCAAAGUUGUUCUCGGAAAUGGCAAGACACUUGUCGGGAAGUCAGUGAAUGCUUACGAUAUGAAAGGAAAGGAAUACCCUCUAGUGUACGGAAAAUCUGCAGCUUCCUCCGCUUGCGACCCAGAAAGUGCAGGGCUUUGUGAGCUAUCGUGUCUAGACGAAUCCCGUGUGAAGGGAAAGAUCUUAGUGUGUGGUGGUCCGGGUGGUUUGAAGAUAUUUGAAUCAGUUGGAGCUAUAGGACUCAUUUAUCAAACCCCUAAACCAGACGUCGCUUUCAUUCACCCUUUACCUGCCGCUGGUUUACUAACAGAAGACUUUGAGUCUCUCCUCUCUUACCUUGAAUCAGCAGAUUCUCCACACGCGACUGUUCUAAAAACUGAAGCAAUCUUUAAUCGGACAUCUCCUGUUAUUGCUUCCUUCUCUUCUCGCGGGCCAAACACCAUCGCUGUUGAUAUUCUCAAGCCAGAUAUAACAGCACCAGGAGUGGAGAUUCUUGCUGCAUAUUCACCUGAUGGGGUGGCCGCGUAUGUCAAAACGUUUUACCCUAAAUGGUCUCCUUCCAUGAUUCAGUCUGCCAUCAUGACAACCGCUUGGCCUGUAAAUGCUACUGGAACUGGCAUCGCAUCGACCGAGUUUGCUUAUGGAGCUGGACAUGUCGACCCGAUAGCCGCUUCAAACCCUGGACUUGUCUAUGAAUUAGACAAAGCAGAUCACAUCGCCUUUCUCUGCGGCAUGAACUACACUUCGCAUGUCCUGAAAGUCAUCUCUGGUGAAACCGUCACUUGCUCCGAGGAAAAAGAAAUCCUACCAAGAAACCUCAACUAUCCCUCAAUGUCGGCCAAAUUGUCGGGAUCUGGUACCAGCUUCACUGUAACUUUCAACAGAACCUUGACUAAUGUCGGCACGCCAAACUCUGCAUACACAUCAAAGGUAGUGGCGGGUCACGGAUCUAAGCUCGACGUCAAGAUCAUGCCUAGUGUUCUGUCUUUUAAGGCAGUGAACGAGAAGCAAUCUUUCAUGGUCACUGUUACAGGCAGCAAUCUCGACCCUGAAGUCCCUUCGUCUGCAAAUCUAAUCUGGUCUGACGGAGUCACAAAUGAUCCUCAAGACCAACAGGUGUAUGUGGUCUACAUGGGAUCACUUCCGUCUAGUGAAGACUACACACCAAUGUCUGUCCACAUGAAUAUUCUUCAAGAGACGUUUAAUCCUAAAUGGUCUCCUUCAAUGAUCCAUUCUGCUAUCAUGACAACCGCCUGGCCAAUGAAUGCUACUGGAACUGACUUUGCAUCAACCGAGUUUGCCUAUGGAGCUGGCCAUGUUGAUCCAAUAGCUGCCACAAAUCCUGGACUCGUCUAUGAAAUGGACAAAGCAGACCACAUUGCUUUUCUCUGUGGCUUGAACUACACCGCGGAUACCCUUAAACUCAUAUCUGGUGAAACAAUUACUUGCACUAAAGAAAACAAAAUCUUACCAAGAAACCUCAACUAUCCUUCAAUGUCAGCUCAAUUGCCAAGAUCUAAAAGCUCCGUCACUGUGAGUUUCAACAGAACUGUCACUAAUGUUGGAACGCCCAACUCAACAUACAAAUCAAAGGUGGUCUUAAAUCACGGAUCAAAGCUCAGUGUCAAGGUCACGCCUAGCGUUCUGUCUUUUAAGACAGUGAGUGAAAAGAAGUCUUUCACGGUGACUGUCACUGGUAGCGAUAGCUUCCCAAAACUGCCUUCAUCUGCAAGUCUAAUAUGGUCUGAUGGCACACAUAAUGUGAGAAGCCCUAUUGUUGUUUAUACUGAUGAUGCAUAUUGAUAAGGGCACUUAAGUGCUUCAGUUCACAUCUUUCUACCGUCAUCAUCAAACAUUGUAAUAUUCAAUAUAUAUCAUUAUUGUUGUCCCUUUGCCUUGUUUCUUGUUUUAGUAAACUUCAGUUAAGUUC